GCUUUAAACCUGCCAUCGCGUUAUUUUCCUCGAUGAACUGCUUCGUACUUGCACAUCACCAUUCAUUAUCGAAGCAACACCACUUUUUCAUUUGCCAGGGAAUCAAUCCAAGCCCUUUCGAAGAUUAUACCCACUCCAAUGCGCUCCAACGUCUUCCUCUGGUGUAUCUUCUGAACCGCCAUCACAUAUAAAAAGCAAUCAGAAUACCGUUUCCCAAAAAUAUCUUCAUCGAAUGCGCCCAAUGGUCCGCCCGUACGGGAUAGAACUACAAACUCGAGAGACACUGGUGUACAUGUGGAGACCGGUAAGAUAACCCGUCCCACCCGAGCUGAAGACGGAGGUGCGUUGGACAAUAAUGAAAAGACGGCGUGGUGCGUCCCCACAGCUGGAAUACCACUGGCAUCGUUUUCCAGCUCUGUUACAUUGAAGUACGCAGAGCUUGUCCGAAAGAUGAGAGUACCGGGUUCUUUGGGAUGGAUGUUUCUAAUGUCGAGCUGCAGUUGAUCAACUGUCCCUCGUGGAGGUGAAUACCGUCUCAACCCUGACUCCCUCUCUGGGUGUACAAUGAUUCGAUCUAUACAGGUAACAUCUAGUGAAACAAUUUCUCCACUCUCCUCUACAAUGAACCAGUGAUUAACC